AUGGACAACUAUGGCGCCACCGAGGUGGGCAGCAUAUCUGUGAACGGCAAGAUCUCGAACGAAGACACGAAGAUCGUGGAGGUGCCAGAGCUUGGCAUCUACGCCCCCAGGGGUGAAAUUUGCGUGAAGGCUGAGGGCGCCUUUGAGGGCUACUAUGACACUGCACAAACGGCUGGUGCCCUGACGGACGACGGCUUCUACCGGACAGGUGACAUUGGCGAGAUGCAGCAUGGCAUGUUGAAGGUGGUGGGGCGCCUCACCAAUUGGGUCAAACUCGCCAAUGGCAAGUUCGAGUCUCUGGAAGCUGUGGAAGACGAACUGUCCCAAACCUCUGACUUUGAGCAGGUCUGUGCUGUUGAGAUCUCCGGUUCUCUGGCUGCCGUCGUGUAUUCCACUCGUUGGGAUCAGAAUCCUUCUGCAGCGCCUUCCACAUCUGUGCCUUGCGUGCGUGCGAAAGAGAAGUUUACCGUGGAGAAUGGGCUCUUGACACCAUCCUUGAAGCUUCGACGCCCUGCCAUCCGGGCCAUGUAUGAGCAAGAGCUGUUACAGCAGAUCAACGAGAAGCAGCUUGCUCUCAGCCGGUGGUUGCAUGCCGUCACCGGGAGCACAGCGGACGUGGACGAGACGCAGCCGCUCAAGGCGCUGGGCGUCACCUCAGUGCACUUCGCUCGGCUGGCCGCAGACCUUGGCGUUCCAGUCCAUGCCGUGGCAGCUGCCGGAACGCUGAGGGACCUCAAGGCACUCUCCCAGACGGACAAGCUCGGUGUGUCGGCAGCCCUCGCAGAUGUUACGAGAUUUAGCUCCAGCUGCAAUGUUUCUGCCUCCCCAGUGUCAAAGACCUGGAGAAAGGUCCUCGUUACCGGAGCGACAGGGCAUCUCGGACGCCACUUCAUGGAGAUCCUUCGGGCACAUGGGAUCUCCGCUGUUCCUCUGUCGCGCUCCCUAG